AUGCCUGCACCACAAAAUACCAAUAAUCCUCAAAGGAACACUUCUGCCGAGAAUACCCAGGAAGCUGGUACCAGCAAUUCUACUGCACCCUCACUGGAAAAAAUAGACUCUUCCAAUAAAAUCCUAACUGUGCAUACUCCAAAGGCCCCAUCUGAAGCAACACAAGCCAGUAACCAAAUACCUCCUCCAUGCAACAUUCUCAUGCUUGAAUUCUCAAAUAAAAGUCCACCACCAGUCAAUGAGCAGAUUAUGGAUUUCUCUAUGGCAGCAACUCAGCAGCAACCAACCAUUACUCCAGAGAACACUACCAUCAAGGGUCAGAAAAGGACAUGGACUAGAAGGCAGGCCAAGUUAGCAGGUGCUAGUCCCUUUAUGGGCCCUCCUAAAGCUGAAAUUCAAGAGAGAAGCAAAAGAGUCAGACAAGAGGAAGCUGGAGGAGGUUUACUAGUAUUUUGGAAUAUGGAAGUUGACAUCCAUCAAAUCUUCUGUCAACCUUUUUGUAUAGAAAUAGAGUUCAGUCUGAAGGCCAAUACUCACAGGUCCUGGUUUGCUUUUGUCUAUCUCAGUCCCUGCAGAGCUACCAGAGUCCUCAAUGUCUUCAGAAGUGCCUCUGAUCACAAUCUUCUGUUUCUCCAUACUGGCAUUACUCAGAACCGCAGGAAAAAGGCCUUCUGUUUUGAUAAGAGAUGGUUGAAGCAGCCAGGAAUCAAAGAGGAAAUUCAAAAUGUUUGGGCCCAACCUGUUACUGGCUCAGCCAUGUUCACCCUUUCAGAGAAAAUUAAAGCCACCCGAGUGACCCUGCUGAAAUGG